CGGAAGUUAAUAUCAGUUGCAUUUACACUCGUUCUCUCGUUCAUUACAAGGUGUGAUUAUCGCCAGUGGUCAAUUUGCAAUCAGUGCUUGGGAAGGAAGGUGUUAGAGGUUUCGCGUAUUGAGUGUUAGGAUACUAAUUACAAGAACAUGAAGGAAAAAAAGAAUAAACGGCAAAAAAUUCACUUAAUAUUUGACGAGAAAGAAAGAACUGAAUUUCUAACUGGCUUCCGAAAAAGAAAACUCGAACGGAAAAAGAAGGUAAAAGAAGAUUUGGCAGAAAUGUUGAAGAAAGAGAAAAAGAAAAUAAAACAAAGUCAAAAAGAAACAAUACGUAAUACCAUAUUGUCCCAAAGGCAAGUGCCUGAGGUACAGCAUUUACUGGAAUCUGUUACAUAUGACCUACCUGAUCACACAGUCACAAUAAAGGAAAUAGACGAUAUGAGUUCUGUGCCUACAUCUAGUACACUUACUGACACAACAAUACUGCCAUUUUCUGCUAAGAGUGAAGAAGAAGUCGAAAAAUUGAGAAAGGUGAUUAAGGAGCUGAAGGAAAAACGAAUGAAAACAUUAAAGAAAAGUACUGUUCAAUCUGCUGCUAAAAAACUGCAAAAAAAAUCGGAUAGGCAAAAAGCCAGAAGAAGAAAGAAACAGUAUCUUAUUGGCCUGAAACAUAUGAAAAAGAAGCAUAAAAAGAAACAUGGCAAAUAGAAAUAUAUGUAAUUUUUUAAUAAAUAAAUAUUUUUAUUGUUGA